AUGCGAGCCGCCGCAGUCGUCCUCCUUGCCGUCGUCGCCGUCGCUUUCGCCCAGGACAACUGCUACAUCAACGACAGCGGUUCGUUUUCCUUUCUAAAAAAACUGUAUCAGUUAAAAAAAUAAUCUUCUAGAGGAAAAAAAACCAAGUUUUUAGAGUGAAAAAAAUAAAGGUUAUCAUAAAAUAAUGUAUUGACGAAGUUAAGAAAUUUUUGGAAAAAAACAACCGAUGAUUUUUUUAGUAGCUAUUCAGGACGAAAAAAAUAAGUUGAUGAUUUUUUUAUAUCACUGAAAAAUCCUGCUGAAUAAAAAAAUCGGGUUAUCUUGAUCCAAUAAUGAGAAAAAAAUAAAGAAAAAAAGGAGAUAAUUCAGUGAGAAAAAAAGUUCAAUUGUCGAAAUCAUCGAAUUUCUUGUUUUUUUGAGUAAUUUGGUGGCGAAAACUAUAAAACUCGAGACGUUAGAAUGAAUUUCAAGAGUUUUUAGGAUACUGAACAACGUACAAAAUUUUAAAAAUAAACAUCAAAUUGAUGUCAAAAAAUUGUAGGAGCUUAAUUAUUAAUUAAGCCUUAAUAUUUUGAAAAAAAUCCAGUGAAAAAAUCUUGAAAAGUCAACUCAAAGAAAAAUUCUCCUUUUUCUGGAAUUUUGUUGUUUUUCGGGGACCUUUUAAUACUAAAAACCCGUUAUCUAACGAAUCGAAAAGUUCCUCGAGUAUCACUAAUUCGUCUCUGGCGUUCGUUUUUUUGUUUCAUCAAAAGUGAAAAGAGAAAACGACAUGUUCGAAGCUUCCGCUAAAACGAAUUGAUUAUCAAAUCAGCAGGGGCUUUUGUUCAAAUAGAUGGGAAUGUGUCGGGAAAGUGAAAGUCCAAGAUUUCCAUUGUUCUGAUCGGUUUUUUAUUCUGUUGUGUUGCUUUUGCCCGUCGGAUGUUUCUUGGUGUAAUUCGCGCGACCGUAAAAGGUCGUCAAGGAAAUUGAUUGGGAAGCUUCGCGAUUAGAAACUCAUUAUUCUGGUUUUUUGUCCAGGAUGGGUCGAGAAUGAACGGAACAGGGGGAAGAAAAACAGAAUCAAAUUUCAUUUUGGUACCUAGAUGAUUCAGAUUUAACUCAUCGAUUACAAUUUGUAUCAGACUCAAUUUAGGCGAACAUCAGCUUAUAGGAAACUUGGAGAAAGCUUGAAGAUUUGAAAAAGACGUGGAAAUUUUACAAUAAUCACUUUACAGGAUUCACAUGUUGCAACAAGGAUUUGGAAGCGGCGAUGAAGGGCGCCGUUGGUGGAGAUGUCAGUUUUGGAGAAAUAUAUUGAAUCUUUAUAAAGAAGAUUCCUUGACGCUUUGAAAAGUACUUCACAGAACUUCAAAAGAAAAAAAGCCCAAUAUAUUUUUUUUCGUCCUUCCAGAAGCUGAGAUUUUUGUAAUAUCUAGAACACGAAUUUCACUAAUCGUACCUAUUAUUUUUCAAAAAAAUUUAGCAGAACUAGUCGUUUUAUCUAUCAGAAAAAAACUUUAUAAAAUAUCGUAAUUUUUUUAAAAAGUCACUCAUUGAGAGUUUAGCUUUGAACUCAAAUCAUCCACAAUUUGAAUUCAGGAUCUCCUCGGAGCGGCCGACGCGAUCCAGAAAGGAGCCGAAGGAAGCCUCGGCGGAAAGUUCGAGACUGUCGUCGCUCUUGAUGACUUCGCCUACAAGAGUCACUUCAAGGUAAGAUAUGGCUUGUUCAUUUGAAAUCGAUAAAUAGAGAAGUAGAAAAGUAUGAUUCGAAAAAUAAUUCAGAAGAGAAUAGUUUGUGCUUCUGGUGUUAGUAUGAUUUUUCCAGAAACCCUUUUUUUCAAACUCACUAUCAUCUAUAAUUAUUUCAAAUCUAAUCUUUUAAAAUUUCUUAGAAGUUUAUCUCAAUAUUGUUAUAAUCUAUCUUUUAAAAAGAAAUAUUCUAUUCUCACCAAAAAAUGGAUGAUUUCCAGGAGGGCAAGACCUGCAAGAUCGAGAAGAACGGCCAAUACGCCCUCGCCUGGCAGCCAUAG